AUGUUGUACAAGCUGCUGUGACAUCAUCAACGAUAGUCGGUGUCCUCCUAGAGAAGAUACGAGCCCCUCGCCCGUCUGUCAUCCAACCACCACAAACAGACAUGUCUGACUUCACAGAGGACCAGAUCAUGGAGUUCAAGGAGGCCUUCCUUUUGUUUGACCGGACGGGUGAGGGGAAGAUCACCUACAGCCAGUGUGGUGAUGUUAUGCGGGCCCUUGGACAGAACCCUGUCAAUGCUGAGGUGCUCAAGGUCCUGGGAAACCCCAAGUUAGAAGAGAUGAACUACAAGAUGCUGGAUUUUGAACAGUUCCUGCCCAUGCUUCAGGCCAUUGCUAAGAACAAGGACCAGGGCUCCUUUGAGGAUAUCGUAGAGGGUCUGCGUGUCUUUGACAAGGAGGGAAACGGCACAGUGAUGGGAGCAGAGCUGCGUCAUGUUCUCACUACACUAGGUGAAAAAAUGACAGAGGAAGAGGUGGAGACUCUUUUAGCGGGACAUGAAGAUGCCAAUGGCUGCAUUAACUAUGAAGAACUCGUCCGGAUGGUGAUGAGCGGUUGAGGAUUUCAGAGACACACUUCCAAUUUUACUCCUGAAUGUUUUUGUAUUGUUUGUUUUGUCUUGUCCUCCAUCCACAUCAUCCUACCUCCAACAAGUCUUUUUUUGACAUCUUUAUUUUAUUUCAAAAGUGCCUUUUCUGGCUAAUGUGAA